AAUAAUCCAUUGAUACAUAACUAUUUGUACAGCUUUAAGGUGGCAUAGAUGCAGUGCUUUUUUUCUAAAAAAAAAAAAAAAGGUGUCUGAACUCACACAUGUCAUACAACCUGCCUUGCCUACUCUAUAAGGUUCUAUCCAAAAAAGAUGCCGGAACUCCGUUCUGAGUGUUCUAUGAGAAAAAGAGCCCUGCAUAGAUGUACUAACAUACAUGAAUUAAUAUUACAGAUUGUAAUAUACGUUCAUGGAGUGAACUCCUCUGAUCACAUUAGGUUAGAAUUACUCUAUGAUCUGAGCACAUUUCACAAAAAAAUUAACCAAAUGUUAAUAGGACACCACUGAUUAUAGUGAUUCUUGAAUCACUUCCUUUCAUAUCAAUGCAGAAUUUCCAGGGUUGAAAAAGAUAGUGAUUCUCUUUUAAGAAAAGGAACAGCCUUAUCAAUUACAUUUGUCUAAUAAAAAUUCAUAGAAUUUUGGAUUUCUCCAAUUAUCCAGUGAACUAACUAUGAAACUUUUUGAUGAAUUCAUUCUAUUCUCCUGAGAAUCUAUCCUUACUAGUUCCUUCGAUUGUUUAAUAAGAGAAGUAUGUGUACCAAUGAAAAGAUUUCAUAAUGGCUGAAGGAGAUGGAAGCUUGUGAAGGAAGGAUGGGGUGGAAAAACAUCUUCAGUCCCAAGAAUGCAGUUAUUUCUUCUCUUUCUACUGUGUAAAAAUCAGAAUGUGGCACUCAUUUUUAUUGCUUUCUUGAAUCUUGGAUGUAGGUUUCUUAUCACCGUAUUACAUUUAUCUAUAAGUGGCUCCUGUUUAUGUUUCAAAACCUCUGCGUGGCCUCAUAUUUUUUACACCCUUUAGACUGAGUCAAGUUAAUGAAAAAUCCUCCCUGUUGACUUUAAAUUUCUGUAGAGGACAUCUAAGGAACAGAAGUGCAUUUUAAUUUGGAAAACAGAUGUGAUAGAAGAGAAAUUAUUCUUUUGUUUGAAAAAUGCUAAAUUAAGAAAUCACAAAUCACUAAUUUUUUUAGAAGGAUUGCUUGGAAUAUGUCAAAUUUAAAUUAGGAUUUAAUUAUACCAGAAUAAAAAUCCUUAAUGUACUUUCUGUUUGUGUCACAAAUUACUUGGUUUAUUGUACAUAUUUUUUUAAAAAAAUAUUAUUGUUAUUGUGGUCAUCUUCCAGAUAAAAUCAUCUAUGGAAAACCAGAAUAAAAGUACCAGGUUUAUUAUUUUGGGAUUUUCUGGUAAUGUGGAAAUGCAAGUCUUGCUUUUUAUAUUGUUUUUGAUCAUGUACAUCAUGUCACUGUUGGGGAAUGCAUUGAUAAGCAUUGUCAUUAGACUUGAGCCUUCUCUUCAUAUGCCAAUGUGCUAUUUCAUUGCCAACCUAUCUCUUGUGGAUAUUUGCUAUAUAUCUGUCACUGCCCCUAAAAUGCUAGUCAACUUCCUUUCAGAGGACAAAUCUAUCUCCUUGGUUGGAUGUGCCGCCCAACUAUAUUUCCUUCUCUCACUAGGAACUACAGAGUGCUUUCUUCUUGCAGCCAUGGCUUAUGAUCGCUUCUUGGCCAUCUGUAAUCCAUUGCGCUAUCCUUUAAUCAUGAACAAACAGCUUUGUGCCUGUCUGGUAGCUGGGUCAUGGGCCAGUGGGAUUUUGCUUUCACUAGGCCAGACAACUUUGAUAUUUUCUUUGCCUUUUUGUGAUGAACAUUGGAUCAACUAUUUCUUUUGUGACAUCCCACCACUCUUGAAGCUAGCCUGUGGAGAUACCUAUCUAAAUGAAAUCACAGUCUUUAUGGCUGGGCUGCUAAUCACUCUGAUCCCAUUAUUGCUAAUCCUGUUCUCCUAUCUCCACAUAAUCAAUACUGUGCUAAAAAUUGCAUCUGCAAAUGAGAGGCAGAAAGUUUUCUCUACCUGCUCCUCACACAUUAUUGUCAUCACUUUGUUCUAUGGAUCUGCUAGUGCAAUGUACCUGAGGCCCAGAUCUACCUAUGCUUUUGAAACAGAUAAAUUUCUAGCUCUGCUUUACUCUAUUGUAACACCAACUUUGAAUCCUAUUAUUUAUAGUUGGAGAAACAAAGAGAUAAAUGAAGCUCUCAAGAGAAGGUUUGCUUCAAAACUGUUCCCUUGUAGAAGAUGAUUAAAAGUCAUAAAGUUAAUCCAGAAAAAAAUAUUUUGUGGUGAUAAGUUUUUUUUCAGCGUCUUAUUUUUUGCAAAAAUGUCACAUAUAGUUCAACAACAUCUAUGUUUUGUUUAUAUUUAUAGUGGAAUGUAUUUUCAUUUACUGUUUUUCUUAAUGUGCAUAUUCUUUGCUAAUUUUUCUCCUAAUCAAUUUUUAUAUUAUUUUCAUCCCUAUGUUAUUUUUUCCUGUAAGAUAUUCAUAAGUAUAUUAUAUUUGUACUUGCCAUUAAGAUGUCUAUCCGUAUAUUAAUAAUAAAGUCUGUCAAGUUUAACUUUGGAUGUUAAAUGGCAUGGCUGUUUAAGCUAAUUAAUACUCAUUUGGAAGAAACUGUAUUAUGUCAUAUUUAAAAAUUCAUGAGAACAUGGAUAAUUCUGGCAAAGCUUAAUUCUUUAAAAUA